CACUUGGAAUCGAAUGACGCAAUUAUUCCAGGAACGUAAUCCGCAGGUGAACUUCGUCAAAUCCCAGCUACAAGAUAAAGAAAAAGAACUCAAGAGAGAAUACAAGAUGCUCAAGGAAGCUCGGAUGCAAAGUAGCGCUGGUUGGGAUGAGAAGACCUGCAUGAUAGUUGCUGAGAAGGCUUUGUGGGAUAAUCUAGAAAUCUCCUUUCCAAGAAUUGGGAAAUUCAAGAGAAAUGGCUUUCCUAUGUAUGAUUCUCUUGGAGAUCUAUAUGAUGGCCAAAUAGCUGAGGGGAAUCACAAUUUCACUUCAAGCUCUAAGGCAUCUCAACUUGAUGAAGAGUUAGAAGAUGAGAGAGUGGAAGAAGCUGGGUCUGAAUUUGAUGAGGAAGUACAAAUUCUGGAUGAAGACCCUACUGAAAAGAAAGACGAGGGCACGGGAAGUUCAGCCAGCCGAGUGAAUGUUGGUGAAAGAAUGGAGAAGAAGGCAACUGGUGUACCAAAGAAAAUUCCUCCAAAGGAAUUAAAGAAGCCUGUUAAGAGCGAUGAAAUGGUGCAAGUAGUAGACAGGUAUGUGAAGAUGAAAGAAAAACAAGCAGAAGAUGAGAAGGCCGAGUCGAGUACAUUCUCCAUUGCCAAGUGCAUUGCAGCUGUAAACAAAAUCCAAGACUUCACCCGUCAAGAGAGAGUUAAGGCUUCAAAAGUCUUCAAAAGUCUUGAAAACCGCGAGACCUUCCUCACUUGGGUCACUGAAGACGAGGAGUCAGCUAUCAUGUGGCUCCGGGGUGAGCUGCAAGAGUUGACUUGAGCUGGAGGUCCUCUGGCGGCGGCGUGGUUUCCGGCGUUCGGCGGCGAAAACUUCUAAUGUUCUUCAAACUCUAUGACAAUGUGUUUAUGGCGACUUGGUUGCUCAUCUGUUUGGUCGAGCAUUUAUUUAUAUAUGUGUUCUUGUUUGAGAAAAUCGCAUGACAAAUUUGCAUGACACGAAGUUUAUGUUAAAGCCGAAGUUUUAAAUUUACUGAUUGUCAAUUAUCA